AUGGCUUCCUCAACCCCAUUCCAGACGCCCCCUCCGGACACCAAAUACACAUUGAUUAGUUUCCCAACUCCUCAUAUUAUCUUAGUCACAAUAAAUCGUCCCAAACAGCGCAAUUCCCUUCCAUUUGCAGCUCAAUGGGAGUUACACCGUAUCUGGACCUGGUACGAUACAGAACCGUCCUUAAGAUGUGCCCUUAUCACUGGAGCCGGGGAUAAAGCCUUCUGCGCCGGCCAGGAUCUAAUAGAAUUAGGUUCUUUGUCAGAAGAAGACUUUCAAUUACGGGCAUGGGAGUUCAAACAUCCGCCAGGUCGCUUCGGUGGGGUCAGCGGUAGAAUUGGAAAGAAGCCAAUUAUCGCAGCUGUUAAUGGAUUCGCCUUUGGUGGUGGGUUUGAGAUUGUUCUAAACUGUGACAUGAUCGUCGCAUCCCCAUCAGCCAGCUUUUCUCUACCGGAAGCUCUUCGUGGAAUCUAUGCAGCUGCUGGUGGCCUCCCCCGUCUCGUUAGCCUAGUUGGACCCCCCCUUGCUACCGAAAUCGCACUCACAGGCCGAGUUUUGACGGCAAAAGAAGCUCUGGAAUACAGAAUUAUCAAUAAAAUCUCUUCUUCGCCCGAUACUCUCAUCGAAGAGGCUAUCGCAUUAGCGAAAAAAAUUGAAGAUUUGUCACCAGACGCUGUGAUCGUCACAAGAGCAGGAUUAAGAGAGGCCUGGAAGACUGGAGAUAUGGAAGCGGCCACGAAGAUAAUUGACGAUUUAUACAACCAGAAGUUGAUGGAUGGCGAAAAUAGGGUUGAGGGACUUGCGGCGUUCGCUCAGAAAAGAAAACCAGUUUGGCGCCCUUCAAAGCUAUAG